ACAGAAACACUCGCCAAACACCACGUGCGGUGCGCCCGAGGUGCACGUGUAUUACGGAGCUUCUCUUGUUCGAGGUGGGAAAUAUUUUCUUUCUCCACCGAGUGCAGGGAGCUUUCGAGCGAUUCGCCAAAGUUUAUUAUUACCCGUCUCGAAGGUUUUACUGGUCGUUUUUGAAAAAGUAAAAUAAAGAAAGAAAAAAACAAAUCCGUUCCAGUUUCAACUAACGUUCGAUCAGCCGAAAAUCAUUCGUCGUCACUAUGAAGUGUGCGCUUGCUUUCAUGUUGUUGUAUGAUUAAAAGAAAAAAAAAAAAAGAAAAAAAGCUCCGUUGUCAAAAACGUCGGAUCGAUUGGGGGUGGAGAGUAAAAAAAAAUAUAUUUAUACAUAUGUACAGCUGUGGAAUCGCAUAGAACUUGAACAUUAUUUCUCGAGUGUGUAUUAAUUUGAAUCCGUGAAACGGUAUAACGAUAUUUAGAAAAUUAACGAUAAGCUCGUCCGGGGAAGACUGAGGUUUGAGAAGAAAUAAACGUAAAAGAAAUCUGCAACGUCGUCUACUGAAAACUUAUAGAGACGUACUCGCGGUGGAAAAAAUGACGAUGGACGUCAGCAAGACUGAACCAAAUAAAAAUGGUACCACUCAACAGGAAUGCGCCGGUUGCGGAAAAAGCAUAACCGAAAGAUAUUUACUGAAAGCUCUGGACAUGUACUGGCACGAGGAUUGUCUGAAAUGCGGAUGCUGCGACUGCAGACUCGGAGAAGUCGGUUCUACGCUCUAUACGAAAGCCAAUCUGAUCCUGUGUAAAAGGGAUUAUCUAAGGCUAUUCGGAAACACCGGUUACUGUGCGGCUUGCAGCAAAGUGAUACCAGCUUUUGAGAUGGUCAUGAGAGCGAGGACGAACGUUUAUCAUCUGGAAUGUUUUGCCUGUCAACAAUGCAACCAUCGAUUUUGCGUCGGCGAUAGAUUUUAUUUGUGCGAGAAUAAAAUAUUGUGCGAAUACGACUACGAGGAGAGGCUCGUGUUCGCAAACAUGGCUGGACUUCCUCCCCAAUCUUUGGCUCACAUGAAAAGACAGGUGACGCAUCUCCAACCCCUGGGUCCUCCCACCGGAUCUACUCAGAGGCAGACGAACGGAGAUGCGUCUCACAAUCACAACGGAUAUCCUCCGCCCCCGACGACGUCUCAUAACAGCGCCCUCAAUCAGCUGAAUGGUUUGAACGGAAUCAGCGCACAGUCACCGUAUGAAACCAAAUGACAAUCAAAAUAAUUCAGGAGCCGAAGACGUCGGUACAAGAAAUCGACGAUCGGAUCAACUUAGAACGAAAAUAAUUAACGGCCAAAGAAAAAUCAUUAAAUAAAAUUACAUGCAUAAUUAAAUAAGAUAAAUAAUCGCGAUUAAAAUAAACCCGAGCCGCAGCAAGGGACGAAUAAAUCAACGGAAAAUAAAAAAUAAAUUGUAACAAUAAAGUAUAAUCGUUAUUAACGAUAAUGCUAUAAAAAAAAAAAAUAUAUAUAUACAUCAGUUCCGACGUUAUGUUCAAUUUUCGACCGAUGAAAAAUCAAAUAAUAAUCACAACAAUGCUUGCAUCCCUUACGUCGCCGUGGCGCGCGUAUGGCUCGCUUUGGCAAGAAUCGUAUGAAAUAAAUAAGAUUUAUUCGAUGCAGCCGAGAAACUGUGCCCAUCGCGUGUCGGGUACAUAGGUGUAUGAGAAAAAAGCGGCGGGGGUAUAAAGCCCGGGAGAGUCAUACGUCAGGGGUGACUUAGCAUUGUUUCAACUUUGAAUCUCCCGCGCACGAGUCCAGAUUGAUGCGGAAAACUUUUCGUUGCCUUAUUUGUUAGUCAGAUAACGAACCUGAGUUAUGUCAAAAGUUUGAACACUUUUAUCGUAAAUGGGGGAUGUUUUAUUUUCGCUCUACCUCGCGCUACAGCCAUACCCGAAUACAUGUAUAUAACGUACCAUACGUUUUUCAGAAUAAAUUGCCCUCCCCGCGAUCUAUUUGCGAUUCCGCUGCAGAAAGUCGGUGCAAUUUUGCGCUGCGCCGCUGUUUGCCGGAUAUGAAGAAAAAAAAUCGUUAUCACUCAUCGAUUGAUUUGUUUAUAAAUAUAAAAUUAUGCACAAUGUACUGCACGGUUCAACGUACGUACAUACAUAAAAAUUUAACGAUUAAAAAUAAAGAAAUCAAAGGAAUAAGUAAAAAAUCAAUAUAAAUCAUAGAAUUGGAUCGAGUACACGUAAAUGUUCCUAAUUUAUAGUGUAAUCUAUUGUUAGAAA